AUGGACGGUGUCCCCGUUAAAAUUUCCGAAAAAUACAAGAGACCACCAAAAAUUGAGUUGCCUUAUAAUGUAAAUGAAUGUCCACAGCGAGCGCAAAAUGUUGUCGAUAGCAUCAAAUAUUGUUCUACUUUUGAACGUAACGUGCUUUCUAAACUCAAAGAGCUUCGGAGCGCGAAAGAAACGAAAAAAAAUGAAAGGAGGCACCGUUUGCAAUUGUUAGAAGAGGCAAAGCAAAAAAAGUUAGACGCAAUCGCCGCCGCUGAGGCUGAAGAACGGUUGAAACAGUUAAGUGUAUCUGAAGUGUCCUAUCCCAGUACAGAUGAGAUAAGUGCUAUUUCUUCUGAUGAGAAAUUAGAUAAAAACUGUGAAACAUCACCAGUUGACGAUACCACUCUUGAUGCUGAUAAAGCUACAACUGUAGAGCAAUAUGUAAACAAUGCACAAGAGUCUCAGCAAAAUAUUCUCCAGCCUGUUCAAGUGCAAACAAGUUAUCAGCAGAGCCUUUUAGAUGACCCUGACCCAUUGCAAGAAUUUAAAAUGAAUUCAAAAAUUGGCAAAAUACCUCAGUACAAUCACAAUGUCGACAUGUUAACAUUUAGAGACUUUGAACAAGAUACUUCAAGUCCAUUUGAUACCGUUGAGUUGAAGACAAUCAAUGAUAUGGAGUUGCUAGCGCAGGUUUUACAAAGGGAUUCCACAACACACUGCCCUGUACAAAGCAUGUACGUCCCUGACCAAACCUAUCCAGGCUACACUAACUGUGCGACCCAAGCACAGAUAGAAGGUGUUACAUAUUUACCCAGUUCUUAUAUAGAACAAACAAUUCAAGGCCCCACUGCAUAUACCUCUCCACAAAACUACUCUAAUGGAUAUUAUAUUGCCCCUGAAAAUGUCUGUGAUAACAUGCCAUUGGAAAAUGUAAAUAUGUACAUGCCAAAUUAUCAGUACUUUGUGCCUACACAGCCAGUUCCUGCUCCAGAUAUGUAUUAUGGCAGCCCAUUACCUACUUCGAGUGGUGAAGUAAAUCAAAUUAAUAGUGAUCCAACAUUCAUCCCCCAGCCCUAUUACUUUCAGUAUCCACAAGCCCCCAUCCAGUACACAAAUUCAAAUGCAAAUUAUAAUCCAACAGAAGUAUUUGAUAAACCAGCAGAAGAUCAAAUUACUUCUUCAGCAUCCGCAAACACCAUUAAAUCUCGUUCUCGAAGCGUACCAGAUAUAGUUAGAGAAUUAAAUGAAGAGCUGGCGUCUGCUAAAUUAAGAGCCAGUGAAAGGUCUUGCAAUGCAAGUCCGGCACCUAAGGUGGUGCACCCCUCGAGUUGUGAGAAAAAAAAAGAAAAGAGAAGAAAGAAAAGUGAGCAAUUGCCAAAUCCGUAUGAUAAAUUUCCACCUCCUUUACAAAGUAUUUGCCAGAAAAUACAUGGAAUGGGUUUCCCAUUGGACAGGGUAGCGAGAGUUUGCAGUUUGGUUGGAGAUAAUGAUAAAAAGAUCAUCGAGAGCCUGCUGAUCCUCGGCGAGCUGAUGGACCUCGGUUUCUCGGAGGGGAAGGCCUCGGCGGCCCUCGCGAGGCACGAGUUCAACAGAGACAAGGCGCUGGACGAGCUGGUAUCC